CUUUGAUUUACGUAUGUCAAAUGAUGAAAACAUGUCGGUGGUGAUAUAACAAAAAACGUUUUAACUUUAAAAAUAUAAAGAACUUGGAUUUACGAAUAAAGUUGAUAGGAUGCGAUCAAAAAUUUAGGCCACAAACAAUGUUACCUUUGUUCCAUAUCGUUUUCAUGCUGUUAACCAUAAACUGCGGAUCUGUCGUACCAAUAUGUAGCCCAGGAUGUAAAUGUAACUGGACCGGUUAUUGUUAUGAAUGCAAGGAUGGAUAUUAUCAGAAUGAUAAAAAUCUGUGCGAAACCUGUUCAGCAAAUUGCUUAACAUGUUCAUCUAAUCGAACUUGCACUGAAUGUAAAGAAGGAUUCUAUCAUUUUGACAGCGAUGAAAAUAUCUGCCAUCCUUGUGCCGAAGGAUGCAGUGUGUGUUCUUCUAAAGAUGAGUGUAAUCAUUGUAACAAGGGAUACUUCAAUAACAGCGGGUCGUGUAGAAAAUGUCCAAAAUGUUGUACAAAGUGCUCAUCAGAAAAUGAAUGUCUGGAAUGUAACGAGGGUUACCAUCAAAACGACACAUUGUGCGUGGCAUGUCCCAGUGGGUUCUACUGGCUGGGAUCUGCUUGUUUACCAUGUUUCGAGAACUGUGCCUCCUGUGCAAUGUAUUAUGAAUGCACUGAAUGCAAGGCUGGAUAUUUUGGACGUGAAUGUACACAGAGGUGCUCCCUUGGAUGCGUAGACAACGUAUGUGAACAAAACACGGCGAAAUGCAGUUGUCAAGGCAACUUUAUAGAAGAAACAUGUAAUUCAUGUACUCAGGGAAAAUUUGGACCAGCCUGUAAUCAAGACUGUCCUAAGCGUUGUUGGACUUGUAAUUCAUACGAAAACUGUACUAUGUGUGUUGCCGGGUAUUAUGGUAAGAGAUGCGAACAUAAUUGCUCUAGUGGAUGUUUGGAGAAUAGCUGUAACCCGUUAAAUGGUAUCUGUGCUGAAUGUAAGCCUUCAUAUUAUGGACAUAGAUGCGAAAUGACUUGUCCAAGUGGAUGUUUAGAUGACGUUUGCGACAGGAAAACGGGCACCUGCCAUCAAUGUAAACCUUCUUUCAAACGGCCAAAAUGUAUAAAUUGUUUGGAUGGGUAUUGGGGUAAAGACUGCAGAAGCGAGUGUCCCGACAGCUGCCGUUCCUGUUUAUCCACUACGGAGUGCACAAAAUGCAAAGAUGGACAUCACGGCGAGAACUGUGAAAAGAAAUGCUCUUAUGGGUGCUUAUUAGAUCUGUGUGAUCAAGACACAGAGGUAUGCUCUAAAAGCUGUAAAGCAAACUUCACCAGAACGUACUGCAAGCACUGCAUACCUGGAAUGUAUGGAGGUAAUUGCAGCGUAUCAUGUCCGGAGAACUGUUAUGGUGGAACGUGUGAUACACGGGAUGGGACAUGCUUGUUAGGAUGCAUUCCUAAAUUUCAUGGCAGACAUUGUGAUUUGUCCUGUCCAGAUGGGUGUUUAGAUGGCAUGUGCCGGUCGAAUGGACAUUGCGAUGCAUGUAUUCCUGAUUACUACGGUAAUUCUUGUAAUAUAUCAUGUAGCAAGAACUGUAUUAACUCCUCAUGCAAUAUGUCAGGUUAUUGCAACGAUUGUCAGCCUGGCUAUUUCGGUAUAUUCUGUUCUGAACAUUGUUCUCAACAUUGUUUAUCAGGUGAGUGCUUGAGGAAUGGAAGUUGUUAUUCCUGCCAAUCCGGGUUUUACGGGACCAAGUGUAACAGAUCUUGCCGCAAGAAUUGUCAGUACUGUGCAGAUAGUUGGUCAUGCAAGUCAUGUUUCAAUGGUUUUUAUGGUAAAAUUUGCCAGGACAAAUGCAGUUACUGUAAAAGAGGAACAGCUUGUGAUAUUGAUACUGGAUAUUGUGAAUCUUGUGAAAAUGGAUUUUAUGGCAACAAAUGCAAAUCGAAAUGUAAUAUGAAAUGUCAAACUUGUGAUAGUUCUAGUGGUCGAAUAAAUGAAUGUUUAACGUGCAAAGCAGGUAGUUACGGACGAAAUAAAAGCAGCGGGUUUUAUCACUGCAGCAUACGCUGCUCUAGAAACUGUAUGAAUACAAUAUGUAAUGCUGACUAUGGGACAUGUGACUACGACUGUAAACGAGGCUAUUGGGGAGGACAGUGCCUGAUGGAAUGUCCCGAAAAUUGUCGUAACAGCGACUGUCACAGCGAUAAUGGAACUUGUAGGCAAGGAUGCUUAGCUGGUUUUAAUGGAGAAAAAUGCGAGUGUCCAGUUAACUGUAUAUGUUAUUUAAAUGGCACAUGUGCCAAGUGUAAGAUUGAUUUGGGAAAUUUGGCUAAAGGCAUGGCUGGCUUCUACGGAGACAAUUGCCGUUAUCCAUGCAGCGUUAAUUGUCGCAACAUAACAUGCGAUAGAGAGACAGGAUCCUGUGACAAUGGAUGUCUAGAAGGUUUUGAAGGGGCCAUGUGUUCACAGGAAAAAACAAUCGAGAAUACUUCUAGUACAACAAAACAAAUUGGUUCAGUAAUACUGCUGGUGUCCGUGGUAAUACUGACCAUCAGUGUCGUUCUGGUAGCUGUCAUACUGCUUAAAAAACGACAAAACCCGAAACGAGAACGUGUAGUCAGUGGGAGGUUUGGUGAAGUUGUGAUAUACAGACAAGUUAGAAGUACGUGUGACCGUUCGGAGGACGUCUCUUUUGGUGGCAUUGUCUCUAUAAAGAGAAAUAACAAACAGAAACAAAGGCUGUCAGGAAACAGGAAACACAAUGCAGCCUGUCCAGAAAGCUCAGCAUCCAACGUUGAUAACGAUUCAACAUACUGUCUGUCCGAAAGCACAGCGGAAUAUGCCACAAUCGAGAAGAAACAUCUAGAUACGAUGUUCCAAGAAGGCGCAGCAGACUGUGCUGAAACAUUUGACGAACACAUAUACUUCAAUGCAGAUGAAGUAAUGAAAAGAAAAAUACCAUUAGAUCAACUCAGAGAGUUUGUACAAAACAAAACUAUAGACAAUUAUGUUGAAGAAUUUAAGGAAUUACCGUCGGGACUUAUUAAACCGCAUAAAGCCUCACAGAAGAGAGAGAACAUACUAAAAAACCGUUACAGAGAUAUAUAUCCCUAUGACAGUAAAAGGGUGAUUCUACGGGAAGGAAAAUCUGACUACAUUAAUGCAAGUUACAUAGAUGGUUACAAGAAACAAAGAGCAUACAUUGCUUCAAUGGGACCGACAAUCAAACAAAUGGGUGCUGAUUUUGAUGUAUUCUGGAAUAUGGUCUGGCAGGAAAGAGUAGGCAAAAUUGUUAUGCUGACCAAUCUUAGAGAGUCAGGGGUACAGAAAUGUGACAAAUAUUGGCCUGAUGAAGGAUGUUGUAACAAGUAUGGAAACGUGAAGGUCAUAUGUCAGGUUGAAGAGAUCUAUGCUAAUUAUACAGCCAGGAUCUUCACAAUGGAGAAAACAGAGAAAAGGACGCUAUAUCAGAUGCAUUUUACAGCGUGGCCGGACAAAAGUACACCAAAACAAGUUUCCAGUUUAACAGACUUCUGGGAGAAGGUAAAAGGCAUAAACACAAUAGAAGAUGGACCUAUAAUUGUUCACUGCAGUGCAGGGGUUGGCCGAACAGGAACUUAUAUAGCGCUGGACAUAUUAGCCAAUGAAGGAAUGUCCGAGGGUCACGUGGAUGUUUUUGCAUGUGUCAGAAACCUGAGAGAAGAACGUGUCUGCUUGGUACAGACAGUGGGCCAAUAUCGAUUCCUCCAUGAGGCUUUGUUACAGAUCCUGUCCCCUGAUAACACCAAUAUAUAGUAAACUACACCCAGUUUAGCAAGAAGUGCAGACAUCGCUUUACCUGUUAUGAAUGAUAAUGGAGCAUUUACCUACCAGCAAUAAAAUUAGAAAUUAUCAUAACAUAGUGCAGCGUGUUGAAACGGCAGCACGUUCAGUAUGCUAGGCUGAUGAAACAUUCUUUACCAAGUAACGCUAUAUGUUUGAGUAACUGCUGUGUGAAUGUAUUUUAUGUUCUUAAGCCUCUAUUAUUUUGCGAAUCUCCUUGUAUAUAUUUUUGCAGAAUUUUAUACUACUUACCGAGCAUGAGGCACUAGGGCUGAAUUAGAUAGAAAAUCGUCGCGGAAUUUCAUGCAGUAAGUUAACACAUACACUUAAAUUUUUUUUGUGACAUUGGUUUGAUAUUGCGAUGAUAAUGUUACCUGUAUAGUCCAGGCAAGUUUGAGAGUGAGCUUAUAUUCCAGAAAGUAUAUAUAUCCCGACUACAAUGAAGAUAUCAAAUUGCACAUUGAAACUUAGAAUCCAAUGGCAAAUCCUAAAAUGGAGGAGUGUACAUAUUUUCGGGUAAAAUAUGUGUGAUGUUAUAAUUAUUUAAUAGAGAUGUUAUAAUUAUUCGAAAGCUCCUGCAAUUUUAGAAUAAAAUCAGGUGAGGCACCGUCAUGCAGGCUAUAAAGUUCAGCCAUUGAACGUUAAAGAAAGCCUGUUAUAGUGUACAGUUUUCUCUAUAAAACAAAUAAGUGUAGUGAUUUCACUCCAGUUAGAUGCUGGUACAGCACAAUUCACGAUCAAGAAAAGUACUUUGCUUUUAUGAAAAAAGAAAUAUCAGAACUUGUUUUACUGAUUUUAGAAUUAGCUCUUAAAAAUAAUAACUAGUUGAUAAAAAGAAAUCCUGCUCUGACAAGAGGUUUUGUGAAUUAUGACGUUCUGCAGAAACUCUGAAUGAGACCCAUUUAGUUAUUGGUUGUAUUAUAAUUUAUAUAACGCAUAGCGCGAGAAAAUAUAUAAGACACUCGGUAAUUAUUCACUGACUUCUCAAAUAUGUCUUCAUAUAGCUUAUGAAUAGUGAAAAUACUGAAUGUUAUCAACCUUUUUGCACGUUUAUGAAUGUUAUAACAUGAAGUGUGAAUUGUUUAGAAUUCUAACACGACCAACAAGUAACCUACAUACAUAUAGAGCAAAAUUCUGCAAUAAACCACUCGCGUGCAAUGACGU